AUGUCGGCCUCACUACCACCAGAUGUUGACCGAAGCGCUGCCCUGCUAUCUAGUUUCUGGAUACCCUUUCCUUUCACAUUUCUCUUUAUCUGUACGCGGCUCUACAGUCGAAUCCUGCGGAAAGACUUGGGUCUAGAUGACUUUUUGAUUGUCGUUGCGUGGUUGGAGUUUGUCUUGAAGCUGGAGAUCGUGGACCAGCCCUUCGGAGUCCUCUCUGCCAUGUUUGGCAAGAUUAGUGUCGCACUCUUUAUCUGUCGAGUUAUGGGAGCGACCGCCAAGUACCGCAAAUACAUUGUUUAUGUGAAUAUUGCCAUAUAUGUGGCUCUCAGCUUUGUUAACAUUGGCGUUUUGUUUGGGCAAUGCAAGCCAACUGCAGCCUUAUGGACUCCGGCCCUUGCAACCGCGCCAAGCACAAAGUGCCUUGAUGCCUCAAUCAACACUGACCUUUCCAUUCUCCAAGCCGCAUUUGGAGCAUGGAUCGACUUCUUCCUAGCCCUUCUUCCAUUGACAUUCAUUCUGAAACUGAAGGUAUCUGUGAAGAGACGCAUGAUUCUCUGCGCGCUCUUAGGCCUCGGUCUUGUUGCUUGUGUUUGCGCCUGCAUCAAGGCUGCCCAAUUCAGCAAGUCAACCAAUAACCCUGACGCAACAUGGGCUACCUACUCAGUAUACCUAUGGGCUUCAUUAGAGCUGCCGUUCGUGAUCAUUGCGGCAUCUAUCCCGCCAUCGAAGCCUGUCUGGGAUGCGAUCUUCAAUGGUAAACCCAUCCGCCUCGACUCAAAUACCUUCAAGAAUUCCAAGUCCUCUGGCCAUUCUGGUCUGAUUUAUCGGUUCGGACGGUCACAAAACUCGCAACUCAAGUCUAGUACUGCGAGCAUGGAAGAAAGUGUUGGUGGAGGAGAAGCGGAUGUACAGGAGAAGCGGAACCACUCGGUUGUAUGA